AUGCCCGCCCGCACUCCCAACAACAAUGACCAGCAGAAUGGCCAGGCCGCCCCCCCUGCGGGCUCUGCGGCGGAGUCACAACAGCAGCUGGCCGACCUUCGCCAGCAGGACCUGAUGCACGACGCCGUGAUUCGGCACGCACAGCGCCAGCUCGACAAGCUCAUCAUGGCAAUCGCUUUGUGGGCAUGGAUCGACGAGCGACGCGGCGCCAACAAUGCCGAGUAA